AUGCAGACUGCUUCUACAAACAUUUGUGAAAGAAUGGGUCGCUCUCAGGAGCUCAGUGAAUUCAAGCGUGGUACCAUGAUAGGUUGCCACCUGUGCAAUAAGUCCAUCCGUGAAAUUUCCUUGCUACUAAAUAUUCCACAGUCAACUAUUGGUGGUAUUAUAACAAAGUGGAAGCAACUGGGAAUAACGACUCAGCCAUGAAGUGGUAGGCCAUGUAAAAUGACAGAGCGGGAUCAGCACAUGCUGAACACAAAGUGCGCAGGAACUGUCUGCAGGGUCAAUAGCUAGAGACCUCCAAACUUCAUGUGGCAUUCAGAUUAGCACAACAACAGUGUGUAGAGAGCUUUAUGGAAUGGGUUUCUAUGGGCGAGCAGCUGCAUCCAAGCCU